AUGAGAAGCCGCAUUAAAUGUAGCAUCGUAGGUGAAACAAUGGUGGGAAAGACAACAUUGCUAAAAUCGUACGUCACGUGUAAGGCACCAGCAAUAUACUCCCCAACAAUUUACGAAAAUAUCAAAGGCUUUGUUGUUCUUGGACACAAGCAUCAUAAGGUUAAUCUAGUGGAUACAGCUGGACAGCAUGAAUAUUCAAAACUCUGUACAGCAUCCUACUGCAAGAGUAAAGUAAUCAUCCUCUGCUAUAGUGUUAUAGACAGACCGUCAUUUGAUCGAAUAAAGUCAUUCUGGAUACCAGAAAUUCGAAAAAAUGUUGGAAAAAGUAUACCGAUAGUGUUGACUGCUACCCACACUGAUCUUCGUAGUGACAAGUCAAUUCAGAGGUGUAUUCAGGUUGUGUCUUCUACUGAGGGAAGGACAUUAGCCGAUUCUAUAGGUGCCAAGGGAUUCUUUGAAAUUUCAAAGUCGGACAUUAGCCAAACCAAUGACAUUUUUGAAUGUGCUGUGAGAGCUGUUAUCAGUAAGAAAAAGACACUUUUUACUAUUUUAAAGAAAAUCUUUUGCAGUACUUGUAAAAAU